GCUGUCUGCAAUGACACUAAUUUGUUUAUUCUUCACCGUUGCUUUCCUCCAUUAUGGUCAAAUUUACGAGAAUACUAACAGUUUUUAUAUUAUUAGCUGAUUCAUGUGAGGUUUUCACUGAGAAAAGUCGCUCAAAGAGCCCAGCAGACGGUGGAGUUCACGUCCAGUGUGGAGAAAGCAGAGUGAGAAUAACGGUGAAGCGGCAGUUUUUUAAAGAAAGACGCGUUCCGUUUAAACCAGAAUUCAUUCGGCUAGGAUUCGAUUCCAUGCGGAAGAGUUCCUGCGGACCAGAAAGACCGGUAUCUCAAAUUGAGAUGGUUAUUUCCACAAGACUUCAGGAUUGUGGGUUCGAGUCCAGGGUUCGUGACAAGUGGCUUGUGUACUCCAGUCAGCUGUUGCUGUUUCCUGCUGUGCUUCCCACUUCUACAGGAAGUCUGAUAGUUCGAGGAGCAACUACUGUCAUUCCUGUUGAGUGUUACUAUGAAAGGAAACAGACAGUUAUUGGAGAUCCGGUAGCGCCAACCUGGGUUCCUAUGACCUCCACCAUGCGUGCCUUUGGCUUUCUGCACUUCUCCCUUCAUAUUAUGGCAGAUGAUUGUACGUCCCAACGCAGUUCCUCGGUGUAUCAGCAGGGGGCAGCAGUGUUUUUUGAGGCCAGAGUGGAGGCUCCUCUGCACCCUACCCUUACUCUAUAUGUUGACUCUUGUGUUGCAACGUUAAAGCCUGAUGCUUCCUCGGCGCCAAGCUACAAGUUCAUCUCCAAACAUGGGUGUCUUAUGGAUAGUGUAUUCCCUGGAUCGCCAUCCAGAUUCCUUCCCAGAAAUCAGGAUAACAGACUUUGCUUCAGUCUCAGAACGUUCCGCUUCAACCAGACAUCCGAGGAGCAGAUGUUCAUCAGCUGCCAUCUGAGAGCUGCUGUGAAACAGAGAUCUCACAAUCGCCUUAAUAAAGCCUGCUUCUUUGAUAGACGCACGUUUAGGUGGCGUGCUACAGAGGGCGAGAGCGCUCUCUGUGAGUGUUGUGACUCUGACUGCGGGACUGAAGAGAAGAACGUUGGACAUCCUGUUGCAGAAGAAAUGUAUGAGGCUGAUAGAACAGCUGGACCAUUUUACACUUGGCAUCACUCCAACUGGGCAGGCCGACUGUCAGUCAUUUAGGAAUAUUGUGUCUUUAACAUUAGAAACUUUGGGUCCUUUUGUUUUGAUGAUGGAUGAAGAUUAGUUUCAAGGACCUACACAAGUACAGUUGUUGAUUUAUGAUCAAAGUAAAGCAUUCCCACAACCACAGGUUAUUUAGCAUCAAUCAUUUUUUCAGGUGAUUCAUACAAUCAACAUGCUGGAUUUUGAAAGACUUGUUUGCUUUGCACAUGUUGCCAGAGAAGCUUAAAAAUGUACAAACCAGAAAUGUGAUUUUGAUCAUUUGUAAUGUCUGAAAAAGCAAAUGUCUAAAUAAAAUAAUGAAA